GGGACCAUGUUUGGCUUGGGGGGGGGGGGGUCCCUUUAAUCCUGGUCUCACUCCGCAACAUGCCCUCAAACGUGAAUACCGUAAUGUCCGAUUGAUGUGCGCACGAUAAAACGAAGCGAAGGGGUGCCUUGACUGCAGUUCUGGGCCGCAGCGGGAUCGGGAGAGGACGAAUAUCCGCUAAUCUGUCCACAGCCUCCACCGUCAGAUCUCCUGCUGCCGCCGAAUAGACGUAAUAAUCAUGGGCAACUGUCAACCCACUGUGUUUCCCUGUGAGGACUUCGAUGUGGUGGCAGACAUCAAGGCCAUCCGAAAAGCCUGCAAAGGGUUCGGAACCGAUGAGCAGGCCAUCAUUGACAUCUUGGCGAACCGCAGCUCUGCUCAGCGUCAGGAGAUCAAACAGGCCUAUUUCGACAAAUACGAUGACGAGUUGGUGGAUGUGCUGAAAAAAGAACUGUCGGGGAACUUUGAGAAAGCCAUCCUGGCCAUGCUGGACCUGCCGGUCAUCUACGCGGUGAAGGAGCUCAGGAAGGCCAUGAAAGGAGCGGGGACCGACGAGGACGUGCUGGUGGAGCUCCUCUGCACCGCCACCAACGCGGACAUUGCCAUGUUCAAGGAAUGCUACUUUCAGGUGCAUGAACGUGACCUGGAGGCCGAUAUCGAGGACGAUACGAGCGGGGAUGUCAGAAACCUCCUCACAGCUCUUUUGCAGGGGGGCAGAGAUGAAACUUACGAGGUGGACGAGGAACUGGCCGAACAGGAUGCUACAGCCCUGUUCGAGGCUGGCGAGAACUGCUUUGGGACAGAUGAGUCCACCUUCACACACAUCCUGGCAACUAGAAACUACCUACAGCUCCAGGUCACCUUCAAGAUAUACGAGCAGCUUUCUGGGACUGAAAUCCUGGACGCCAUAGAAAACGAGACUUCGGGGACUCUGAAAAAGUGCUACAUUGCUCUCGUGAGAGUUGCUAAGAAUCCUCAGCUCUACUUCGCCAGACGUCUGCAUGAAGCAAUGAAGGGAGUAGGCACUGAUGAGGACACUCUGAUUCGCAUCAUUGUGUGUCGCUCAGAGUUUGAUUUGGAGACCAUCAAAGACAUGUACCUGGAGAAGUACGACGUGUCUCUAAAGGACGCCCUGCGGGACGAGUGCGGCGGCGACUUUAAACGCCUCCUGCUCGCCAUCUGCCACUGAGCACCGAGCGUUUUAACUCUCUAACAAACUAACUAAACUCAGCCUGUAGGAGCAGGAGGGCGGGGAAGAGAUGGGAUUAUUUAGAUCUCCAAAGCGAGUGUCUGUGAAAGUCUGUGGCUCUAUUUUUCCUUCUUUUUCACAGGCAGGACUCAUCAAUCUGGAGGUCCUUCUGUUACUGCCCCUUUAUCCCGUUUUUACCAGGGGGUUAUUUUACCAGAGCACCAAGAUUUCUGUGUUUCCAACAUAAAUAGGAGUCAGCUGGAGUCACACGGAUCCAGUUGCUGUGGGUGAUUAGCUCAGUCGGUCAUUUUAAACCUGAGCCACCCUUUUUAGCCUCAGCAUGACCCACUGCUGCAGGUUCACGCCAAAGUUUUGUAUGCUAGCCUUUAUGGAGGAAUUUUAAUGUUAAAUCAAAUAAUUUGUAUCAGCUUUUUCCCCCUCCUUGCCCCAAACCACUGUUACUCUUCACUGCUCUUAAGAUUUAUGCAAUCACCCCACCAUGUGGCUUAAAGUCUGUGCUUUGAGAUGAAGAAAUGUCAACGUUUGUUUUGAUUGACUAUCAGUUAGAAUCAUGCAGAAUAUGAAGUAUGUGGCUGAAUAACUCAGCAGUUUUCACCGCUCACCUGCAUCAGUCUAUAUAAUUUAUCCUUUUUUUGCUGAAAACAAAUAUUUUUAUUUACAAUGUUUUUUUUAUUCUGUGCAACUCCAAUAACUUGACAAAUCCAAGUAGUUAAGAACAUAUUUUAUGUAUCAUGAUUAAUGAAGAGCAGAUUUAAUAUAUUAUAGCAUUUACCUGGAGGCCAGAGGUUAUGUGUGAAAGGCAACCUGAUAAUAACAAUGUUGAGCAUGUAACAUCUGGAAAGUGUAAUGUCUUGUAAUGUAAUGUCAUUUGUGUGUCUGUUUUUGGAAGCUUAGAUUUGUUAUUAUAAACCACUACUUUCAGUAAGCUCAGCACGAGAUAUUUACAACCUUGCCAUCAGUUGUUUGCCUUUCUGUAGCCAAAUCAUUUUAAUCCGACUACUAAUAAAGUCUAUAGUAACACUUCAUUUGUGCUCUUAUUUAUUUCCAAUUUUUUAUUUUUUUCAGAUAUACAUAGGAAGUUGAGAUGCUUGAAUAGCUUCCCAAAAGAAAUAGUGUGUUGUGAAGUCAUAAGGAUGUGGAG